AUGACUGAUCUGUGUCCAGAUAUUGAAAUCAUCGAAGGUAUUACACUUUCUUCUACUUCUGAUGCUGAAGCUUUGCGUUCAGCAUUAAAUUACAAGGCACGACCAGAUGAUAUCUUUCUUGUUGUCUAUCCGAAAUCGGGUACAACAUGGAUGCAAGUUAUUCUCUAUGCACUUAUGAAUAAUGGUGAAGCAUUCGAUAAUAAUAUGGCAGAAUAUUUUGCACGCACACCUUUUCUCGACUUUGUUGGUGAAGAAGGUAUCAAAAAUAUGCAUAGACCGUGUGUUAUUAAAACUCAUUUGCCUUUCAAUUAUAUUCCUUAUCAUGAGAAGGCCAAAUAUAUCUGUGUAGUACGUAAUCCAAAAGAUGUAUGUGUUUCGUAUUAUUACUUUCUUCUCAAACUUCGUGAUAUUCAACCAGAUCAAACGUCGUUCGAUGCAUUUUUCGAAGCUUUUAUCAAUGGAAAUGUUUACUCGGGUGAUUACUUCAAACAUCUACAUUCUGUUUGGCAGCAUAAAGAUGAUGACAAUGUACUUUUCACGUCUUAUGAAGAAAUGAAACGUGAUUUAUCUAGUGUGGUUCGUAAGGUUGCUCAGUUCAUGAACAUUGAACUCACCAAUAAUUUGCUUGAGCGUAUUUCUAUCUUUUCAUCUUUUAAUUAUAUGAAAGAACGCUUUAACAAAGCAUACUCAGCUCAAGCACGCAUUUCACUGGCUAAUGAAACACUCGAUGCACCUUGGCCUCUUAGUAGAAGUCACUUGCAAAGGUGCGAUCGUUUUCAACACGUGCGAGAAGGUGUUGUGGGCAACUGGUCUUCAACGAUGAAUGAAAAACAAUCACAACGUCUUGAUAAAGUCUUUGCUGAAAAGACGAGAGACAUGUCUGGACUGGAUAAGCUAUUUUUACCAUCAUGA